AUCAUCACUCCUACGUCGCGACUACUCCCUUGCAGUCAAACUGGGUCUUACAUUCUGCUCGUCUGCUUUGGCGCACAUUGCCGUCUCUUCCAUGAUUAACGGGCCACAGAAACGACCAGCCAACGACCUCUUGCCAGAACCUCCAUCGAAACAACCUCGCCGUGCUCUCUUCGGUCCUUCAGGCGAAAAGAUUCGAACAUUGAGGCGCGUCAAGAGCCAAAAGAGCUUCAGGAUCAAGCUCAGGACAUGCCGCCGCAGCCUUCACCUUCUCUUCAGAAUGCAGAAGCAGGUCCGUCACGCGUCCCCGUCGAAUCAAGGCAGAGCAGUGUGGCAGAGAGCUUGAGUGUAGCUGGCGAUGGGUGGCAGGAACAGCAGCUAUUACGUUCAGUCGGUCAACCUGGACGCGACUCGCAGUCACCGUUUCAAUUUUCGCAGAACAGCUCUUUUCGUGGAAGCGUCUCGUCAUCACAAGGACACCCGCCAUUUCAGUUCGCAACUUACCAACCCAGUUCCAUACCCAGCAACUUCCGAGACACACCCCUUCGCAAGCCCCGCCCACGUCCAUCGCGCCGGAAGGGAUCCAUGGGCCCCCCUCCCGUCCCGCCGGCCCGCAAUACACUUGUGUUUCCUCUGUCUGUACCCCCCUCACCUCAAUCGUCUUCUUCACGUUCAGAUAUAGAGCAAGCACCUGGACGUAUUCAGAAUCCCAUCCAUGCCCUGACUUCCCAUCUAUCUAAAAUAAAGCAUUAUGAUAGACCACAUAUACAUGCUGCUCAGCAUAAAGCUCAAGUAGCAGCCGAGAAAACAAAGGAUCGAACGCGACUGCUUACACAUCUAUACAACAUCAACAAGAAACAAGGCUAUGGUUCUAGUUUCCAAGAGUUUGAUAGUCUCCUUCAGUAUCGUGCUCUGUUAGAGGGCGUCGAUACCCCGUCAAGGCAAAGACUAUUGUCUGCUUCGCCAUCGUUAACGGACCUACGUUCCAAAUCUACCCAGCCCAUCCAACCAACCCGACUGCGUAGGCAUUCAGAUAUUUCUGAAUUCCCAGGUUAUCUUCGUCUUGCUCUCGAGAAAGCUCGCGCUACUCUGAACGGACCGAAACCAGCGAUGCCAUUCAGCCCUGCUGAGGAACAACUCAGGCUGAAGGACAGAACGAAAGAUGCGCAAAUUGAAUAUCGCCUCCGCGGGGCAAAACGAAAACCCUUGCCAAAGGUGCUCCCUGACGAAGACGAACUCAAAGUGAAAGCCUUCCUCAAAAAGUCCGGUGUCGUGUCAAAGUACGGGCGAGAACAGGUCACUGGGCAAGACCUUCAACGAUUAAAGCCUGGUCAAUGGCUAAAUGACGAGAUUAUCAACUUUUACGGUGCAAUGAUUCUCGGGCGCUCCGAAGCUAGCAAGGAAAAUCCUGCAGUCAAUGGAACGGUGAAAAGGAAGGUGACACCGUUGAAUGUACAUUAUUUCAGUACCUUCUUUUGGUCGAAAUUGGACCAGGACGGUUAUGAGAAAGCGCGGUUGACAAAAUGGACAAAAAAGUUUGACUUAUUCGCAAAAGAUAUGGUGCUUAUACCAGUUAAUCAUAACAACAUGCACUGGACAGCCGCGGCCAUCAAUUUCCGCCGCAAACGAAUAGAAUCGUAUGACAGUAUGAAUAUGAGCCGGCAGCUAGUGUUCAAGCUUCUUCGACAUUACCUAGAUGCUGAGCAUCGCAAUAAAAAGAAGAAACCUUUCGAUUUUACUGGCUGGGAAGAUUAUACGCUCAAGGAUACCCCACAGCAAGAGAACGGAUAUGAUUGCGGGGUAUUUACCUGCCAAUUCUUGCAAUCGCUAUCCAAGGGUGAAGAAUCGUUCAACUUCAGCCAGGCUGAUAUUCCCUAUCUUCGUCGGCGAAUGAUCUUGGAGAUUGGACAGGCAUCACUUGGAGAUGAUCUAUAGCAUUUAUAUCUGCUGUAUCUAUUCGUGCGGGGUGUUCGUAACAUGCGAGGGUGGUUGCGUGUGUCUUUAUUGGCUAAUAUAUACAAGUGAUGAACGAGGACAGCGAUAAAUAAUGAGCCAUGCAUCACCUCCGGAACCACCAGACAACCAGGAAAAACCAGAAAACGAUGACCAGAAAGACGAUGUACCACAGCCAUCGGCAG